UGAUAGUAAAGCAAACUAUAAAAUAAGUACCAACGACCACUUUGUAUAUCUGUUUCCUUUGAACCAAAGAAAAUCCCCACGUGACAUCACAUUCCAAAGACAAAUGUGAAUCCAUUCAAUACUUCACAACUUGAUCAUAAUCUCAUCUUCUUUUCUUGAAACCACUUUUAAUCCUUCCGAGUCACGAAACUUUGUCCUUACCUCCUAAAGCACUCUUUCUUCCGACAUUAACCAAUGGAUCAACUCUAUUCUCAGCUCCCAUUAUCAACCCCAUUAUACAUUUUCCCCUCAUAUAAAUACACACACUUACGCAUUUUCUUCGAUCAACUAUAUAUCUCUCUAAGAUCUGUAUAUACAUACAUAACAAGACAAAGAGGAGAAAAAAAGAGAGAAAGAGGACAUCGGGAACAUGUCUGAUUGGGGACCAGUUUUUGUCGCGGUGACGCUUUUCGUGUUGCUAACUCCGGGGCUGCUGAUUCAAAUUCCAGGGAGAAACCGAGUAGUUGAAUUUGGAACAUUUCAGACAAGUGGUGUUUCGGUUAUUGUUCAUACCCUAGUCUACUUCACUCUUGUUUGUAUUCUCUUGAUUGCUAUCCAAGUUCACAUGUAUAUUGCCUAAUCGAAUAAAAUAAAAUAAAACAUCUCCAUUUUUGUUCUAGCGUUACUUUAGAAUUAUUUCAUUUGAAUUGUGUGGCGUUAACUGUUUUGUUUGGUACAAGUAACUAAGUGGUCUCAAAGCUACUAGAGUAUUAUUUUACUUGACUUGCGUGUAAUAUUUUUUUUUCAAAUGGGAGUGUAUGUAAUUCAUAUCGACAUAUGUAUGUAGAAAUGUUAAAGUUAUAUGAUACUCCCUCUGUUUUUAAAACAUACAUAUUUUAAACUUUUCACAUAUAUUAAGAAAAUUCAUUAAAUAUGCAUUGUUUUUUGUGAAUAACAAUUUUUCAUAAUUUUUAGCCAAUAGAAAUUCAAUAAACACCAUUAUUUUUUUGAAACUUACAAUUUUUCAUAAAAUCAUACAUUAAAAAGAUAAAAAAUGUAUCUUUUUGAAACAAUUUUUUUUUCCAGAACAUACAUCUUAUAGGAACGGAGGGAGUAUACAUCGUUCCAUCUGAUUCUUCAUUUUCAUUACGGUUUCCAUUUUUGUAUGAAUUAUUGAUAGAAAUUUAAACAAAAAUUACUGGAUAAUUCAAUUUGAUCUAGCUAUGCAUGUGGGGCUCACCCAUAAGAAAUUAUUCACUGAUCAACCUAAAAAUUAUUUUAAGUGGGUGGAAAAUCUUUUUAUAGUGAUUUUUGUUAAAAAAAACACACAAAAUAGUCAUCACAGUUUCAUACUAUUUUUUUCUACUGUAGUUCCGUUUCUUCUCUAAUAUCUCUCCCUUUUAUCUUCUUCCAACAUUCAAGCAUUUAUGAUUACUAGUACUAGGUCCUUGUCCGCGCUACGCGCAGAUAGUAUAUUGAUUUUUUUCAUAUUUUUGUACUAUUAUGUCAAUUGUUUAUUUUUAUAAAAUGUUAUGUUUUUACUGUAAAUUUGGAAUUAAAAAUCUAAUUUUUCCUUACUGUAAAGUAAGUUAUUUUUUUUUUAAUCUUACCACAACACAUUAUACACGAAGAAAAUAAUUGGUCUUUAUAUUCUUAUUUGGUGUAAUAUUAAAAUUUUUGAUAGUUUGUUUAAAUAGUUUUUUUUAAAUUAUAUAUUUUAUGAUUAAUUUUCGUGACUAUAUUCUAUAAUUGUCUAAAAUUUUUUUUUUGUCCCAUAUAGACAUCCACAUAAAUAUGGACUUCUGAUAAAUUUGUUCAUUGUGAUAUUUAGUUUCACUUUCAACCUUAUUCUCUUUUUUGGCACCCUCAUGCUAGCUUGUGGGGCUAGCCAACUUGGUGCAAAAGGAUUUACAAAAGCAUAUCGAGAUGCGCGUGAUCAGACACCUUUUGCUAGGCUAUUUGUACGGAAUUUUAAAGAUCUAGGAAUAUAAGCAAUAGAAAGUUCAGAAAAUUCUUUGGAUACAGCCUGUAUUUCGUCGAGCUCCGAGUCCAACGCAGGCUAAUCUUCCUCCUUUUGAAUGAUUAUAACCAGUUGUUCACAGUCGAUUGAAAAACCAUCUCUAUGUGUCCAAACUUCAGUAUCACUUGCAUUGCCCAUAGUAAACCUUCAGCUUCCGCUUGCAGUGGUGAUUUGGUGUGUGUAUAUCGGUCCUUGCUCCAAACAGCAUUGGAAAGUCACCAUCCAUUAACACAAAGCCAAGUCCAGAUAUGUCUCUUUCAUUUAUCCAGGAUGUCUAGCAGGAGCGUUUCUUUACGGAGGAACAGUUGUGUCCGUUACCUCAACUCCCAUAUCAAUCUCCAUAAUCUUAUCUAUACGUUGAGCUAUCCUCCAUAAUCGUGAUAAAAGUUAAAAAGAUACAAAAAAUUAUAAUUAAAUAUUAUUCAAGAAAAAAAUAUUUAUAUAAAUAUAUUUUCUAUACUAUUUCUAAGAUAUGAGUGUUUUAAAAAAUUUAACACGAGAUUAUGCUUAUGAGAGAGUGGCUCGGGAGUAGGCUAGGAGAUGGGUCUAAUGGGCUCCGAAUUGUUGAAUUUUUUUUUAAUUGCAAGCCCACUUCGUGAUGACUUGACAUAUUGAUUGGUCCUAAAUAUUUGUGCACAUGUGGAUAUGUUUAGGAAGCAAUGAUUUAGCUUUUUUUAUAUAGUAGGAUUUAAAAAUAUCAAACUAAAUUGGUCACUGUUAGGAGGUUAUAUUUUUUUUAUCAAACGGAGGCAAAGACUAAAAUCUCAAGAAAAUGAUUCGACUUGGAUUUUUUUCAAAAAAAAAAAAAUGAUUCGACUUGGAUUUUGAUAUUUUGUAUAGUAAAGCAACAUUUUCCAACCGACAGCAAAUUGAUUGAACACCCUGCAUUUAUUAUUUACCCAAUCAGAUUACAAAGAUGAUAAUUAUGAAUUACUGGUCUGCAGUUUAAUUUAAUCAAUCAUACAAACCAUAGUUAGUAGAAAAUAGCUCUAAGAAAAAGAAAGUGGAGAUUAGGUUGAGAAAUAAUACAUCAGAUUUAUGGUGAAUACUAACAGAAGAUGAUAAUCCAUAUUCGUGUAGUUCUUAUGACCAAGCAAAUACUUGCUUGAUUCGAUUUAAUUCUCAUUAGUUAUCAAAUAUAAAAGUUCAUAUUUAAAUAAAUAAGGGUAUUCAUCUUUACAAAUUUGGAAUAAGAAUAUGAUAACAUUUUUAUUGCUUUGAUGGUACUAUAUAAUUAAUAACUUAACUACCAAGUAACUUAUAAAUUAGAAAAGAGUCAUUACGUGGAGGAGUGUGAAGUCGGUCCACUACAUCUACCAGUCAGAGACCAAAUAUAUUCGAUUUAAAAAGGUGUAUUAUACAGUAUAUUUUUAAAAUAACGCCCCUUUUUCAGUCUUUUACUUUAAGAAAAAAAAAAGACGAUUAAACUAAGCAUUUUUCGUGCUCUCCUAAUUUGGUUCUUAACUCAUGGAUUUGAUUUUUGUUUUAUAUUUUUCGGCUGAGAACUGGCUCUUAUCUUUUAUUUAAAAAACAUUUUUUUAAUUAAAUAUUAAAAAAUAGUCCUACACUAAGAACCUAAAUUAAUCAUAGUCUUUGUUCUUUAAAUUACUGAUAACCACGAGAUUAUUAUUUAAAUAAAACAAUUAAACAAACCAUCCCAUUCUCUUAUCUCCUCUCCAGCUUCUCUUCAGUCUCCUCCGGUCCUUUUCUAAAGGCGUAACCUUUUUCACUUUUAACGGCAACCAAUGGCGGAUUGGGCUCCGGUUCUCGUUGGAGUUGUCCUUUUCGUAAUCCUCUCUCCGGGACUUCUCUUCUCAAUACCCGGAAACAACCGAGGGGUAGACUUCGGUAACCUUAAAACCAAUGGAAAAGCCAUAGCUGUUCACACUCUCAUCUUCUUCGCCAUUUACUCCAUUUUGAUCCUCGCCGUUAAUCUCCACAUCUACGCCGGUUGAUCUGUUCUAGGCCUCUCUCUCUCUCUUUUUUGUUGCUUAAAUGAAUAAAUGUGUAACUCAUUUUAAAAACAGGUCUAGAAACUCUGUAAUAAGGGUUCUUUAUAUACCUUAAAUCUAUAGUUUUUCUUCUGACGUUGUAACAAAUAGAUUUGGUGAAAAGGGUUAUGUUGUACUUGUAUUGUUACUUCAGUUUGCCUCUUUUUAAUAUAUUUUGUACUCUUUCACUCUGUUAAUCAAAUCAGCUCAAAUUCAGACAAAA